CAAUCACGACUCCCAGAGUCACCACGGCUCUUCCACCGGCCAACCUCUCCCAACGGCCCACCUCUCCCACCAUGCCCGCCAUCAUCUCGCACGACACGGGCACCGACGCCGCCGAGUCCCUCGUCUACACCUCGCAGCCGCCGGUAUACACCUACACCACCUCGCUCAUCUCCUACGCACUCCCUCCAUCGCAGUUCGUAACGCCCGAGACACCCCAGGUCGCGGUCGGCGCGUUCAUCUUCACGCCGCCCGGCACAUCCCCACCCAAGGUCCUCCUCCUGCGUCGCGCGGCAACAGAUUCCUAUCCCAACCUCUGGGAGGUCCCCGGUGGUGGCGCCGAUCCGGAAGACACGACGCUUCUCGAUGCUGUUGCGCGCGAGGCGCUGGAGGAGUCGGGACUCGUGGCCGCUACUAUCGUAGAGUUUCUGGGGACCGUGGAGUUCGGGACUAGCAGAGGCAACUGGUGCAUCAAAUAUAACUUCUUGGUGGAUGUGGAGGAGGGCGAGGUGACGACGAAUCCGGCGGAACACUCGGAUGGGAGGUGGUUUGACCUCGAGGAGGUCAGGACCUUGGCUGUCACUACUGAGCUCAUGCGGGAGAGUCUAGUGAAAGCUUUUGAAAGGGUGGAGGAGCUGAGGAGGAGCCGGGGGAUUAGCGAUCCAGUCAGUUGAGAUAUACAAUGGCGUCGGUUAUGUUUUGUUUGAUCGUUGAUUGCAUGCGACCUGGCUAGAUCAUGCCAAUAUACCCUCACUUUGUUUCCGUGUCCGCUGUCCAACUCAACUUUCGUGAAGCGGCCCAAUGUGGCUUCCUCUGCCCUCGGCCAUGGCCUGUCCCGGCG